AUGUUUGGAGUAGCUACUAUUCUUGGUAGUUUCCUCUGUAGUCAGAUCAAAGAGACAGAAGUCAAACUCAAGUCCGAUGUCAGUGAAAUCAAGACUAUGCUGACUCCGUUCAUCGUCAAAGUCAAGAUGAACAAGGAGAGACUUGAUGACAUCAAAAAAGACUUGAACAAGAGAUGA